GUCCACCUCUGUUGGCUUACAAGGCAGCACCUCUUUGAAGCCCAACGUUGUGCAUCCUCAGCCAUGGCUACCAAGAAAAUGAUUACUGUCUUUGGAGCCACAGGAUCGCAGGGAUGUUCAGUGGUCAAGGCACUCCUAAAGGACUGCUCGUUUUCGGUCAGGGCGGUGACUCGUGAUGUCACUAAACCGGCAGCGCAGAAGAUGAAGGAAGACGGCGUGGAGGUCGUAGCUGCGGAUCUGAACGAUGAGGAGAGUGUGAAAGCCGCGCUUAAAGGAACUUAUGGAGUUUUCGUGGUCACCAACUUUUGGGAACAUAUGGAUAAGAAUAAGGAGGUUGAACAGGGAAAACGGAUCGCAGAUCUGUGCAAAGAGCUGGGCCUACAGCACGUGGUCUACAGCGGUCUGGAGAACGUCCACAAACUGACCGGGGGCAAGCUGGAGGUUCUUCACUUUGAUGGGAAAGGGGAAGUGGAGGAAUAUUUUAGGCAGAUUAAAGUCCCCAUGACCAGCGUGAGGCUUGCCUUCUACUUCGAGAACUUCCUGACCGACAGUAGGCCGCAGAAAUUCCAGGACAGCGAGACGUAUCAGUUAGUCGUUCCCAUGGGAGACAUUCCGAUGGAUGGGAUAUCUGUGGCAGACCUCGGUCCAAUUGUCUGCAGCGUCCUAAAGAAUCCCUCGGAAUACAUUGGGAAAGAUAUCGGGCUGAGUGCGGAUAAACUAACCAUCAAACAAUAUGCAGAGAUCAUGUCCGAGGUGAUCGGCAAGACCAUCGUAGACUCCAAGAUUACCCCAGAGGCAUACGGAAAACUCAACUUCCCAGGUGCACAGGAGUUGGCCAGUAUGUUCUUAUUCUACCACAUGAAACCUGACCGCAAUGUGGAGCUGACCCGCAAACUCAACCCCGACCUUAAAACCUUCAAGCAAUUUAUGCAGUUACACAAGGAAGCUUUUAAUUACUUGUAAUGCCGUCAUAUCUAUUGUAUAUCGGCCUGUAAAUCUACCUACUCUACAUGGAUAAAGAUGA